CCUGCGUCUACGUCUACGUCGGUGCAGCAGCUGCUACCGGGCCGGUGUCCGCGGGGAUCCCUGAGAAUCCGGCCCCAUGUGGAAGCUCAUCCCCAUCGCGGGCUCGGCCCGAGAUCCAUACAGACUUUUGACGGGAGUUGAGUACGUCGUUGGAAGGAAAAACUGUAGCAUCUUAAUCGACAACGAUAAGUCUAUCAGUCGUGAUCACGCUGUGUUAUCAGCUAGUGUUUCCAUAAACAGUCUGAGUCAAACUAUAGAAAUCCCUGAAUUGACAAUAAAAGAUAAUUCUAAAUAUGGCACCUUUGUUAAUGAGAAAAAAAUGCAGAAUGGCCUUUCGGUAGUUUUGAAUUCAGGAGAUAGAGUUACUUUCGGGAUGUUUGAAAGUAAAUUCAGAGUAGAAUAUGAGCCCUUGGUCGCAUGCUCUUCUUGUUUAGAUAACUCUGGAAAAAAUGCCUUAUACCAAACUGUAUUGCAACUGGGAGGACUUACUGUAAAUAAUUGGACAGAAGAAUGUACUCACCUUGUCAUGGUCUCAGUUAAAGUGACCAUUAAAACCAUCUGUGCACUCACUUGUGGAUGUCCCAUUGUGAAGCCAGAAUAUUUCACUGAGUUUGUGAAAGCCGUUCAGUCCAGGAAAGAACCUCCACAAAUCGAAAGUUUUUAUCCACCUAUUGAUGAACCAACUAUUGGAAGUAAAAAAUUUGAUCUCUCAGGACGACAGGAAAGAAAACACCUCUUCAGAGGAAAAACAUUUAUAUUUCUAAAUGCCAAGCAGCAUAAAAAGUUAAGUUCAGCAGUUGUUUUUGGAGGAGGAAAAGUUAGGUUGCUGACGGAAGAAAGUGAAGAAGGUGAAGAUUUUUUUUCUGCUCCUGGAACUUGCAUCGUUGAUAUUGGAAUAACAAAUGCACAGACAUUAAUUCCUGACUCACAGAAAGAAUGGAUUCUUUCCAUUAUGGAUAUGCUCCAAAGGCAAGGUCUUAGACCCAUUCCCGAAGCAGAAAUCGGAUUGGCAGUUAUUUUUAUGACAACAGAGAAUUACUGUAAUCCUAAGAGACAACCCAGUGCAGAACCAAGCCUUUCCCAAAGCUUCUCAGCCAGUGAAAGUUUAAUGCCAAGAACCUCCGUGAGCACGACAAGCCAGGCUGACUCAGAAUCAGAGCGGACAUGUAAGGAUUUGAGUGAAAGGCCAAACAAUGUCAAACUCUCCAGAAUGGAACAAAAUUUUAGAAACUCUUCACAAGAAGCCUCUGUUUUAAAGGAGCCCUCACAAAUAAACCCCAAUAAUAAUAUGAUCUCAAAAAUUCAGAAUAAAAUAAAAAUUCCAGACUAUCAGCUUUCACCAACUAAAGUUUGGGGUGUAAAUAAAAGUAGAGAGCAGGCUUCACAGCAGCAGACUAACACCAUCAAAAACUACUUUCAGACUUCUACCAAAAAAAGGGAAAGGGACGAAGAAAAUGAAGAAAUGUCUUCAUCUAAAUCUGCAAGAAUCGAAAUGUCUUGUUCUCUUUCAGAACAAACAGAACCCAUUUUACCCUUACUGUGGAAAAAUAAGGAGCAAAAUCUAACUCCGAAUGACUCUAUGGACAAAAAUUCAGAUAAUCUUGUCACAGAUUUAAGAUCUGUAAAAAAUUCUGCUAGUAAAUCUCUUUCUACAGAAAAGCUACACCAAUUGGGAAAAAGAAAAGAAAUGAAUGAUAUUGCCAUAGAAAAUGAAGUAUUGGAAGAGCUACUCCAGGACAUAAAGUCAGAAUGUGAAGUUGAAGUGAAUGUUCAAAAACAAGAAGACAGCAUUAAAAAUAAUAGGAAAAGGCCAAAAUUGGAUAUAGAAACAAAUGAAAUUUCUAAUGAAGCGAGACGAGAAAGCAAGAAAGUGUCUAAUGAUGACAGACUUCAAGAGGCCGAUGAGACGCUGCCAACAAAGUUGUUACUGACUGAAUUCAGGUCUCUGGUAGUUAAUUUUAACUCCAAGAUGGCAGUUAGUGUAACUAAGGAUUAUGGUCAAGCACAGAAUUUCAAGAAAUUCAAAAAGGUAGCUUUUCCUGGAGCGGGAAAACUUCCCCACAUCAUUGGAGGAUCAGAUCUCAUAGCUCAUCAUGCUCGGAAGAAUGCAGAACUAGAAGAGUGGCUCCAGCAGGAAAUGGAGGAGCAAAAUCGGCAAGCAAAAGAAGAGUCCCUUGCUGAUGAUCUCUUUAGAUACAAUCCUAAUAUAAAAAGGAGAAGAUAACUGAAGAUGUUACAAGUAGCCACAAAAUGUUUUUUACUUCAGGUUUCUUCUGAGAUACAACACAGUGUAUAGAAGAAUUUGUGAAUAUUGUAUGGUAUAAAUUUGUUAAUUAAAAUGCAGCAAAGUUGCAUUUUGCACGAUAA